AUGCAAGGAGAACUUCUCAUUAUAUUUCCACCAACUCCCGCGUCCGAUUGGUCUUUCCCAUUCAUUGAAAUGGUAAUUUCACGCCUGGCAGAACUUAUAAAUCUAGGGUUCUCAUUGAAGGAUAAUGUUAUUAUAGAUGCACUCCAUAUGUUUGAGCAUCGAUUAAAUGAAAUAGAGACAUCUUGUGGGACGCUUUCCUUGCAAUUCGAUCAAGCGAAACAACCAAUUAGGAACAUCCCCAAAGAUGAAAAUAAUAAACAGCUUAACGUAAUUGCGCGAGAAAUCUUUAUUGUUCCGGACUUAGUGAAUUUAUGGAAACAAAUUGGCUAUUAUUAG